AUGGACCUUGCACGUUAUUUCAGUUUACGACGGAAGACUACCGGCAGUCACAACAGUACUCACGCAGCGCAUGGGAAAGACAGGACUUAUCUGCCUCUACUUGCAAGUCCGAUCAACGAAGAUGUCCUCGAAGUAGUAUCGGGUAACUCUUCAGAUUUGGAGAAGGUCAACACCCACACAAGCACACUCGACAGUUCGAACGGCACGGCUACAUUUGCUGGGAAUGGCAGGACAAGUCGCGGAAAUAUCAUCGUUUACAAACAACAUACCGAAGCCAGUACAAUAGAGCUCUUCUACGAUCUCUUCUUCGUUGCGAAUCUUGCACUACUAGCACUCAUCAAUUACAUCAAGCUGUUCACGCUAAUGUGGUUUACGUGGCUGAGCGUCACACUUUUCGACGUGCGCUUCAGCAUCGACUGCGUCUGGAACCGUUUUCACAAAGCCAUACAGUUCGGCAUCUUCACAGGUUUUGUGUAUGCCGGCCCCGUUUUCGACAAGUACAGCACCAGCGGUGUCGAGAAAUCCUACCGGAAUUUUGCUAUCGUGCUUGUCAUCGGCAGAAUCGCAAUCGCUGUUCAAUACGCCGUAGUUAUGUGGCAAGGUCGCAUGUUCCGCCAGACAUUGAUUCCGUUAGGGCUCAGUGCAGGUGUACAUGGUGCUGCAGCGAUAUGCUAUGCCGUUACCAUGGUUGUAUUUCCCAAGGGCCGUGUUGGUCUUGAGGAACAACUCGCAUGGGUCAUGAUAUCCAUCAUUGAAGGUCUUCUCAUCUUUCUCAUCGCCAUGAUAUGGCGCAUCAUCAGUUUCAAGUACACUCAUCUAGCGGAGCGGCUGCAACUCCUUACGCUCAUCAUCAUUGGGGAGGGUAUCAUCGGAAUGGUCAAGAGCGUAGCAUGUGUUACCAAAAGCCAAACGAGCAACAACAUGAGUGAAAUUGGAACUGUCAUCGCGGCCAUUCUUCUCUUGUAUCUCCUCUGGAUGCUAUACUUUGAUCAGCUUUCCCAUGACCGCUUCGGAACCGUGCGCCAACAAGUAUGGGCUCUGCUACACUAUCCACUGCAUUCGGCAAUCCUCCUCUGCGUCGAAGGAAACACCUCUUUCAUCGUGUGGAACUCAGCCGUGCAAGCUCUCAAGUGGAUUUGGUCUUUUAAACCCGAGAACUACUACGAUCCAGCCAAUGGUUACUCCGACACCGGCAGCUACAUCGACUACCUCAACCAGAGCAUGAACGCUAUCAACGGGAGAUUUAAGAGCAAAGCCUGGAACACUACAUACAACUGGAACAUGAACUUCACUGCGAUAGAGAAUUACACUGCAACACACGGCUUCAAAUCAGACGAAUGGAACAAUCGAACCGGCGACGUCACCCGUCAUAUGUUCGACAGGGCGCAAGUCUUCGUGUACGAGGCACAUUAUGAAUCUCUGGCGAAGCUCAACGCCGUUGCCGCGACUAUAGCUAGUCCGCGGAACAAGCUAGACGCCGUUUCUGAUGUCUUCAACACUACUACCAUGCAGUUCUUCAUCGGCGCAGGUUGUCUAUUGUUGGUGCUCGCGAUCAUGUACUGGUUCAACAAGAUCCACAAGACGAAGUAUGAGUUUGGCGAGAUCAUCAACAGAGUUGUUGUCGGCUUUACGCUUAUUAUACUCGGAAUCUCUGUCGUCAUUGCGGACAAGACCACCAGUGGUUUCAAGUUCAAGGGGAGUCAUUGGAUGACUCCCAUGGUGGUGCUGUUCUUUGCUGCAGGUAAGUGUCCUCCGCAUUUAUGA